GGUUUGUGGGUAGCUGCCCGUGUCCUUGUACGAGCUUCUGAGGCGCAUUGAUAUCAGCCUCUGUUAGUGUUUGCUGUUUCAGAGGUAGAAGCUCGGCCCCGGUCUCUCUUUUGGUUUGCCCUCUGAUACACCGAGUACCCGAACCAUGCUGGCUGCCCGGUUCUUACUCCGCCGCUCCAUUCCUGCAUUCUGCCAAGCCCGGUGCUACGCCGACGCGCCGUCUGCCUCUGUGGCCCAGAUGUCCUUCACUUUUGCUUCGCCGACUCAGGUGUAUUAUAAAGAUGCUAACGUGAAACAGAUCGACGUUCCCACCCUGACGGGCGCGUUCGGUAUCCUCCCGGCCCACGUGCCCACGCUGCAGGUCCUGAGACCCGGGGUCGUCACUGUGUUCGGCGAGGAAGGAGCUUCAAGCAAAUACUUCGUGAGCAGUGGUUCUGUGACGGUGAACGCAGACUCCUCUGUGCAGCUGCUGGCUGAAGAAGCAGUGCCGCUAGAGAAUCUGGAUGUAGCUGCUGCCCGGGCUAAUCUGGAGAAAGCACAGUCCGAGCUGAUGGGAGCUGCAGACGAGACAGCCAGAGUUGAGGCUCAGAUCAGCGUAGAGGCCAACGAGGCAAUUGUGAAGGCACUUGAAUAGAGACCCGUUCAUGGGAGUUCUUUGUAUUGGUGUGUAAGUGGGCGUUGCAAUCCAGCAAUCCUGUUUUUUCUUCCUCCUACAUGUUGCGUCGAAACACAAGACAACAUUUGCUUUGUACAGUGGAUCAAAUGAAUACCAAUAAAUUUAUUUCAACUAAUCUA